AUGGUCGACACUCGCAAAGUUGGUGUACUGGGCGGAGGCCAACUCGGUCGCAUGCUCAUUGAAGCCGCAAAUCGCUUAAACAUUCAAGUCAACGUACUGGACGGAGCAGCAACACCCGCAAAGCAGAUCUCGGCGCACAGUGGACAUAUUGAGGGGUCUUUCAAGGAUGCGGCUGCUGUAAAGCAACUUGCGCAAUCUUCCGAUGUCGUUACCGUGGAAAUUGAGCACGUGGACACCCACAUGCUCGAAGAGGUUGCUGGAGAGGUCGUUGUUGAACCCAGUUGGAAGACACUGCGAACGAUCAAAGAUAAAUAUGCGCAAAAGCAGUAUCUGAAAGAGCAUGGAGUCGAUGUCGCCGACAGUAUUGAUCUUGAGGGUAAAGGAAUCGAGGGACUCAAAGAAGUGGGGUCAUCGUAUGGAUAUCCCUUCAUGCUUAAGAGCAAGACAGAAGCCUAUGAUGGCAAAGGAAACUUUGUGGUCAAGAGCGAGGCAGAUGUUGGUGCGGCGUUCGAAGCAUUGGGCAAGCGACCGCUUUACGCAGAGCGAUGGGCUGACUUUAGAAUGGAGCUGGCAGUCAUGAUUGUCAAGACCAAGGAUGGAGUGCUCACAUUUCCCACCGUAGAAACUGUACACGAGGACAGCAUCUGCAAGCUCACAUAUGCGCCUCCACGAAACGUAUCAGAAAAGAUUACACAGCAAGCUCAAGAGCUGGCUAAGAAGGCUAUCGGCGCCUUCGAAGGCAAGGGUGUCUUCGGUGUCGAGAUGUUCCUCCUCAAGGACGAUCGCCUACUCAUCAACGAGAUUGCGCCUCGUCCACACAAUUCCGGUCACUACACAAUCGAGGCCUGCCCAAUAUCACAAUACGAUGCUCACCUCCGCGCGAUCCUCGACCUCCCAAUCUCACAAUCCAACCUCCGCCUCCGGGAACCUGCCAUUAUGCUCAACAUCCUCGGCGGCAAGACACCAGACUCCCACGUCCAGGUAGCAAAGAAAGCCCUCGACUCUCCCAACGCCUCAAUCCACCUCUACGGCAAGGGGGACGCACGUCCAGGCCGCAAAAUGGGCCACAUCACCGUAACAGCACCCACGCUCGCCGCCGCCGAGCGCGAAAUCCAACCCCUCAUCGACUUUGUCGACACCCAAAAGGGUAAAACUGUCGACCCCCAAAACACCGGCACCAACAGCAAAGAAGACCCUCUCGUCGCUGUAAUCAUGGGCUCAGACUCUGACCUCCCCGUCCUCCGCGCCGGCCUCGAAAUCCUCACCAAACUCCAAAUCCCCUUCACCACACGCAUCACCUCUGCCCACCGUACCCCGGACUGGCUCCGCGAAUUCUCAAAAUCCGCAUCCCAGACUUCCCUCAAGGUCAUCAUCGGCGCGGCUGGCGGCGCUGCCCAUCUCCCUGGUAUGUGCGCGUCCUGGACUACGCUGCCCGUCAUUGGGUUGCCGGUCAAGGCUACGCAUAUGGAUGGAUGGGAUAGUCUUGUUAGUAUGACGCAGAUGCCACGAGGUGAACCCGUGGCUACGGUUGGUAUUAAUAAUUCGACGAAUGCGGCGUUGCUUGCUGUCAGGAUCUUGGGCGCAGAGGAUAAAGCGAUUCGCGAGCGGUUGAGGGUGUGGAUGGAGGGGAAUGAGAAGGAGGUGUUGCGUAAGGAUGGUUUGUUGGCUGAAGGGGGGUGGGAGGCGUAUUUGAAGGGUAUGGGAAAAUGA